CCUGGAUGUGUGAAUACAACAGAAGUAGAUAUCAAGAAAGCCUGUAGAAUGAAUCGACAUUCAAAAAUGUCACGGUUAAAUUACGCUGUACCAGGGGGAAGAAUUAGUCCUAGUGUCUCAGAAGCAGAACUUCAUAAUAAUGUGGAACAAGUUAAAAAUGAAAUUUACGCUUUACGGAGAAAAUUAGAAAAAAGACGAGUAAAAAUUUCCAAAGUUACAGAAAGUUUUAUAGCAUACUAUCAGCAAUAUGCAGAAUAUGAUGCCUUUAUAACGAACCCUGACCCCACCAACCCUUGGAUAUCAGACAAUCCAGAGUUCUGGGAACAAGAACGAUCUAUGAAUGCUCGAGAUAUACCACAACGUAGAGUUAAACUCUGGGCUUUCUCCGUGGAAGAAUUACUUCAUGAUGCAGCAGGCAGGGAUCACUUUGGAAAAUUUUUAGAUAAAGAAUUUAGUGGAGAAAAUUUAAAAUUUUGGUUAGCGUGUCAAGAAUUAAAAGGCCUUCCAAUGAGUGAAGUUCAUCAAAAGGUCCAUGAAAUAUUUAGUGAAUUUCUUGCCCCGGGUGCACAUAAUCCAGUGAACGUAGAUUGUCAGAUUAUGGAGUUGGUACGAAAACGAGUUGAAAAUAAUCCCACACGAUUCUGUUUCGAUGAAGCACAGGAACAUAUAUUUAAACUAAUGAAAUGUGACAGUUAUAGUCGCUAUUUAAGAAGUGAUAUGUAUAAAGAAUAUUUAAGUGGAACGAGAAAGAAAGUAAGACUUCUGACCAGUAAUUGGUCACAUUUUAAACAUUGA